GUCACGUUCUGCCAUCCACACGCCCACAUGAACGUCACUCAGUGUUCCAGUGUGUGUAUAAAGAGCGGGGAGACCUCAUCAUCAUCACUGCAUCACUCAGCUGAUACCUGAAAAACAUUAGCUCACAUUUACCUUACAGAACAACCAGUUGAUUAUCACCAUGAAGACUGUUGUGGUCCUCUCCAUUCUCCUCUGUGCUGCAUUUGCAGCUCCGGCUGAAGACAAAGAGAAGGCUCCAGAAGCAGCAGUGGUGGCCCUGAAGGAACAGAUGGUUCCUGCACCUGAGACGGAGGAGAAGAUGAGGAAAGAUGAAGUCUUUGUGCCAGAAGAUUCUGUCCCUGUUCACAGCAACGAACAUGUGUUUGAGAAGGCAGCAGGAUCUGAAUCUGGUUAUAGCUUCUGUCCAGACGGCUGGUACAACCACGGCCCACGCUGCUUUAAAGUCAUCAGAUCUGCCAUGACCUGGUACAAAGCUGAGGAGCACUGCAACAGCCUGGAUGCUAACCUGGCUUCGGCCACCAGCGCCAGAGAGUACAGCUUCCUCCAGGAGAUCACGAAGUUAAAUGGUCAGAGCUGCGCAUGGCUGGGAGGCUUCAGACUGCAGAACACGUGGAUGUGGAUUAAUCGUGAGGGUUUCUAUUACAAAAACUGGAACUACGAGUCCACCUCCGUCAGCCUCCCCUGCCUUUACUUAAACACCAACUAUGGUUGGAAAAAUACCCAGUGCAGCUCUUCUUUCUACUUCAUCUGCUCCAAGAAUCCUUUCGGCUGCUAAACAAAGAUUCUAAACAUCUGGGGUCCUGGGACAGCUCG